CUCCCUCAUGAACGUCUCCUCACACCAAUAUAUAUAAGCAGCAAAAAUGGCACCAAAGACUAACCUUGAAAACUAUACAGAGCAAAAAUGGGUCUCAGGGCUCUGACCUUGACGCCUCCACAGAGUGGCAUUUUCACAAACACUGGGUGUGCACACAAGCUCUCAACUUGUAGCGGCGUUCCCAGCAGAAGAAGCCUCAAGAAAUCUUUCGUGGUUUCAGCCAAGAAAGAGAAGAGCGAUGAAGAACCCGCGCAGAGGAAGCAAUCUCUGUUCAGUAGUGUGACGGAAGCUCUCGAUUUUUCCCAGGUUAGAUCCGCCAAAGAUGCCGAGCUUCUUGAAGAUGCUAGGGAAGCAACUCAAUCCGGAGGGAGAAUGUCCAGAGAACAGUAUGGAGCUCUCAGAAGAAAGAUUGGAGGAACAUACAAGGAUUUCUUCAAGUCUUAUGUUGAGGUGGAUGGGCAGUAUGUGGAAGAGGGAUGGGUUGACAAGACAUGCAAAAUCUGCAAGAAGGACACAAAGGGAGAAGCAAGGCAAGUAGACAAGCUUGGAAGAUAUGCCCAUGUUGCAUGCCUGGAGAAGAAAGCCACUUCUGGCAACUUCUUUACCAAACUCUUCUCAUGAAUCAUCAUCAAGAACACCACUCUGAAAACAUGAAAAUUUUUGUUUCUCUUUUGUUAGUUUGUGCUACAUAUCAAUUCAGGUAUAUAUGUUUGCUUGUCAAUCGACACAAUGCAAUACAAAGGCUUGUAGAACAUUUUAGUAUUAUACCAUUCAAUACCUUU